AUGCGCCAAGAAGAUGCUGAAGAAUUGCAAAAGAAGAUCAUGAGUGCAAAGUUUGACUUCAAUGACUUCCUUUCGCAAACUCGUACAGUUGCACGGAUGGGUUCAAUGUCCCGUGUCAUUGGGGAACGAUUCCUAGCAUGGGGAAGGUAUGAAAAUCUGGUGGGUGGAAAGGAGCAACCAGCCGUGGCAGCCAUCCCAGAAUGUGACCUUGGUAACACCUUGGAGGGGCCUAGACGAUUGGAUGGUCGCUGGCACUCUCUCAAACAGGUUUAG